AUGGCGGACGUCAUCAGCCCCGAGGCUCCAGGAGCAGUAGGACCAGCAGCAGCAGGAGACACCCCGAAUGCGACAAACAAGUUCCAAAGUGCCAUCUCACAAUGGAGAAGUCUCGACUUUACCUCCUUAGUCUCGAAUCUGGACAACACGGCGUCGGAAAUCGUUACAUUCCAACGGGACUCUACCGUACAGAGAAAGGACCUUGCACAAAAGACCAAGGAUUUCCGCAAGCUCGACGAUGCUACCAAGCUGGGAGAGAUCAAGGGGUUGCUUAAAGCCUACCAAGGUUUUAUCGACCUCCUUACAAACCACUCCAAGUCGGUAAACUCGGCCUUCCUUCACGCCUACACAUCCCUAUCUGAAGCGCCGGACCCAUAUCCGCUGCUAGAGGCUUCGGUCGACUCCAUGCUUGUCUCGGAAGACACGCUACCAAAACUCACCGAGGAGAACAAGCAUUUGCAGAAGAACGUAGCCAAGCUCACAUCGCAGCUUGAAGAGACGGAAUCUCGACUACAGAAAGAGUCCGACGCCAGAAAACAACUAGAGGAGAAUCUAGAAUCCAAGGUCAAGGAGGUCGAGUCUUCGUGGACUGCCGUACUCGACGAGAAGCAGGAUAACUGGACGGCCAAGGAAAAGACAUUGGAGGAGAAGAUUGAGAACCAGGACCGUCUACUCAGCGAACUCAAGGCCAGUUACGAAGUCAACCAGAGACUGGGCAAAUCCGACGAUGCCGAGGAACAUACCGGACAGGUUACGAGCGCUGAGUUGGAGAUGGUCCAGUCUGACUUGGAGCGCACAAGCACGAGGCUUGCCGAGGUGGAAGCCCGCAACGAACAACUGCGCCUUGAGCUUGCGCAGUCGAAGUCGCAGGUUUCCGCACAUCCGGCUAGCUCCUUAGAGGACGACCCGGGGUAUCUGCGCGUGAGAUCAGAGAACUCGUCGUUGAUUCGCAAGUUGGAUGCAGCGCGGGUGGAGAAGGAAGGGCUGAAGAGAGAUUUGGACACCAAGCUCCGUGGUCUAGAGAGAGAGGUUGGCUUGCUCAAGGAGGAACGGGACGCGCUCAAGGCCAAGGUCCAAAAGUGGUCAGAUUAUGACGAUGUGAAACAGGAGCUGGAAGUUCUCAAGAGCAUCGAGUUUGCGACAGGUGAUGACGACGAUGCCGUACGCGCAGUCUCGGGCAACAACGCUGAUGGAGAUAGCGAAGGAAAGGGGGAUACGCUCGAGCAACUUCUUCUCGCGCGAAACAAGAAGCUCAAUGACGAGUUGACUAUCCUGCGUGUUUCGCACCAGGACCUCCAAACUCGCCUUCAAGACUUGCAGGAAGAGCUGUCUCGGACUAAUGCCGAGCUUGAGAAGUCGCAAAACCUCAACGAGAAGCUUGAAAACGAGCUCUCGACCAUCCAAGCCGAAGCGCCCAAUGCUUUCCCUUCAGGAGCAUCCGUGGCUCGUUAUGCUCCUUCGAUCGCACCCACUCGGAGGCUGGGCGGUGGUAGGAUAUCCCCUACCUCUUCGAUUGUGAGUGGCUUCAACCCUCGCGGUCUCGAUCGUGACUCGCCCGAUUUCGCUGGCGGCGGAGCUGGCGGCAUUCUACCCAUGAUCACCGCUCAGCGCGACCGAUUCAAGAAGCGCAAUGCCCAGCUCGAGCAAGAGCUGUCUGAGACCCACAAGACGGUCUCCCAACUACGACAGGAAAUCGCCGCUCUGCAGCGGGACAACCUGAACCUCUACGAGAAGACGCGCUACGUGUCCAGCUAUAACCGCGCUGGAGGCGGCAUGGCGUCAGCCACCUCCACGGCCUCCUUCUCAUCGAACCCUAACCCAUCCGCCGUCUCCUUCGGCGCAACAAGCGGCAGCGACGGGAAUAGCGGUGGCGGCGGCGUAGCACUGGACCGAUACAGAAAGGCGUACGAGUCCAACAUCUCACCCUUUGCGGCGUUUAGGGGCCGCGAGUCCGCUAGGGCGUACAAGCGGAUGAGUCUGCCGGAGAGGGUGGUAUACUCGAUCACGAGGAUGGUGUUGGCUACAAGGACGAGCAGGAACCUGUUUGCAGCGUACUGCGUGGCGCUUCAUGUGAUGGUAUUCCUCUCGCUGUACUGGAUGGGCUCGGCUGAUGCAGACCAGCAUGUCGUGACUGCCGCAGUGGGUGCCGUGGGUUCUGUAGCGAGAGGAGGAGCAUCAGGGAGUGGUGAAUGGAGUGAGGAAGGGUUUAGUCAUCGGUAG